GCGCUUCACUAAACAGCAACAGCACGCACUUGAGUGAAGGUCCGUCGACGGCAAACAGUGCUGGUUACUUCUCAUAACUACUUUUGGCGUGCGUUAUUUCUUUGACAUUGACUGCACUUCUGCAUUUAAAGUUCAAGGAAAAUCUAUUUCAGCGCAUCUUUUUUUACUGACAGAGAUAUUUCUCCAUCAACAAUCAUCUUCAGCUGACGUUCAUCUCUAUAAUCAAAAAUGCGCAGCACAAAUGCAUUUGGAUUCAGCAGUUACUCUUUACCUGAUCGGGUGAUGCCGGUGGAUCUGGCCAUGCAUGCGCAGAUUAGCCCACCGGUGUAUCUGCUCCUUGGCAUGUCUGCUCUCAGGUGCUCUUCCCCCAACAUAUCUUCACCAGAGCUUCAACGAGCCAGGCUUUCACCCCCUUCACCUACAUUUUCACGAUCUUCAUCCAGCUCUGCCAGCUCCCUGUCCUCAUACUCUCCUAGCACCAGAAUGCGACGCAAGAAAAAGCGAGUUGUGUUUGCUGAUGCUAAAGGUCUCGCUCUCACAUCCGUGCGCAUCUUCACUGCUGACCCUUCGGAGUUAGAAACAGAAGAUGCCCCGCAGCCCAAGGAGCAUGUAAAGCCUAGAACACCCAUGCAGAGCAUGAGACAGCGACUUCAGCUUGGUUUUCCACAGCCUGUUGCAGACCAUGCAAGAUUGAAGGAAACCUUGGUGCAGUUGGAGAGCUGUAGCCUGAGCAAAAGGGUUUUGAGCGGGACCGUACGGGUCUGCAACAUUAAAUUCGACAAAACUGUCUUCAUCCGCAUAACUUUUGACUCAUGGCGAAGCUAUAAAGACAUUCCAUGCACUUACGUGAGGGAAACAAAUGCAGCUUUAGAAACUGACAUGUUUUCUUUUAAUGUGUCGCUACCGUCCAAUCUGGACCCGAAGGAGCUCCUGGAGUUUGUAGUGGUGUUCCGACCCGGCAGUAGCAACUUUCCUCUCGUAGACAACAACAAAGGUAAAAACUACCACAUUCUUGUAGAAAACGUGGUACCUGAACCUCAGCUGGUGAUGACGAGCAGGAGAACCUUCAUUGUACCAAGCCCUCAGCAUCUUUCUGUUUGGCCUGGGGUCAAAGGUCAUGAAAUGCAUAGGAAGAGACACCUGGCAUGCAAAGGCCCACACUACACGGACCAUUUGAUAAACAGGUCCUGGGGAAGAAUGGCAAAUGUUACUCCAUUGUGUUAAGAUGGGACACUGGUGCAUUAUACUUGAAUGGACACAGAGCUUGCUGGUUUGCACAUGCUGCUAAAGCAGUAAAAUGUGAAUGUUUACUAUGAUUUGUACAUCUAAAUAUGUUUGAAUUGGAUUUAAUUUGCACAUUAUGCAUUACUUAUACAGUGAAAAUACGUAUUAUGGGAAACUGGCUCACUUUCCCUAUCAUCUGCCUUUUUUGUGUCUGAAAAGGUAAACUGACAUGUUAAAGUGGUGUAAAUGAAUCCUCUGUAUUUAUGUAUAUAUGAUGUAUUUAUUUUGAGCUAUUUUAUUAAAAAAAAAAAAAAAAAAAAAAA